AUGCAUAGCUAGCUCAGCUCUGAUCAACUGAACACGUGGAUACCGCCCCUGGCCUGUAAUACCAGCAGUAUCUUUUGUGAAGACAGCCAUGGAGGAAUCUUCAACCAUUUUACACGUUUUAAGAGAUUUUACGCAAAAUAGUAACUCUCCGGAGAACUUCAUCGGUGCUCAGUCACAUCUUGAGAAGCCGUUCACUGAAUGCACCAAGAGGCUGUUUGAUCUUGGCAGUGACUGCCACACCAUCAAACCACCAUCCCCAGCAGAUGGACUAACGGAGCUAAUCAUUGAAGGGUUGGACGGCGAACAAAUAUGGGAGGAAUUAGAACUAACAAACAGACCGCUCCUCAAGCACACAAUGCGCGAUGUGGCAAAGUUAUUGACAAGUUGCACUGGUGUCUCAUUGAUUAGAACAAGAACUAAGGAGGAAAAAACGAGUAAAACAAAAGAGAAUGUUGAAUCUGACGAGGAUCAAUUUGAGCAGGGAUAUGAUGGUAGUCAAGAUCUCUUCGCCGAUUCCGAAGAUGUCGCUGGCUCAAGUUCGAACUCGUCAGAUCCAGACUCUGAAACAAACUUUGACUUCGAGGACUUGGAAUCACGGUCAAAGAAAACCGCCCCAAAAUCAUCGAAAAAAGCAGUACAACCCCGUGGCAGGCCCUCCGUGGUGGAUGACCGAUUCUUCAAACUGUCCGAGAUGGAGCGAUUUCUGGAGAUGGAAGAUGCCAAAGAGGAUAGGCGGAGACACAGGGAGGAAACUAGGGGUGGUGAUGCGGAGGGGGAAGAUCCAGAUGAAGACACGGAUUCCGAGUCGGUUGAUCUGUUCGAUGACUUGCCUUCCGAUGAAGAGAGUGAUGUUGAAGAAAGUCAGGAGAAAAGUGCAAGGAGCAUGCAUUACAGCGACUACUUUGAGAGUGAUAAUCGGAAGAAACUGUCCGCAAAAAAGAAGAGCGUCAGAUUUGAGGAGUUUGAUGAGGAAGACGAGGAUGAAGAAACUGGCGAUGAUGACGAUGAUGAUUCACGGAAGAUAAAAAGUCGUAAUGAUGAUGGCGAUGAUGUUGAAGAAGAUGAUGAAGAUGAUGAAGAUGAAGAAGAAGAAGAUGAUGAAAUUGAAGGCGAAGAUCUGGCGGACAUUCUCGGAGGCAGAGCCAACGAGAAUCAAUCAUCCUUCGAGAAGAGACAGGAAAAGCUCAAGCGAAAAAUAGAGGCACUGGAAGAGGCCAACAUUAGUCAGAAACCAUGGCAACUGUCUGGGGAAGCCAAAGCCACCAAGAGGCCAGAGAACAGCCUGUUGGAGGAGAAUGUGGACUUUGAAGUCACCAGCAAACCAGCCCCCGUGAUCACCGAGGAAACCACGCAAGCCUUGGAGGAUAUCAUCCACCAGCGAGUCUUGGACCACGCGUGGGACGACGUGGAGAGAAAACAGCGUCAGAUUGAAGCACCGUACGAGUUCAAGAAACGCAUCACGCUGGAUCAGGAGAAGAGUAAACAAAGCUUGGCUGAGAUUUAUGAGCAAGAGUAUCUGAAACAAUCUGAGCAGGAGAAAGAAGAAGAAGAGAACCCAGCUCACGCUGAGAUCAAGACCACAAUGGACGCACUGUUUGUCAAAUUAGACGCUCUCUCCAACUUCCACUACAUGCCCAAACCGGUGCUACCGGAAGUGAAGAUUGUGAGGAACGUGCCGUCUAUUUCCAUGGAGGAAGUCACCCCAGUAACGGCGACAGACGCUUCGCUAAUGGCUCCCGAGGAAAUCCAGGAAAAAUCAAAAUCUGAGCUCAAGGGUGACACCGAGAGGACGUCAACGGACAGAAAACAAGCGUUGCGUGAGAAGAACAAGCGUCAAAGGGUACGGGCCAAGGAAAGGCUCAUGAAACAAAGAGCCGUUGAGAAGCUGAAACCAGGAAUGGGCAACAAGUACAGUAUGAAGGGCGCCCUCCAGAGACUAGAACAGGACAGCAAACUGCCUUCCAGCAAAACCACAAUCAUCAAGGAUGACAAGAGAGAGAAGGCGCUCAAAUCCUCCAAGUCGUUCUUCGGUCGUUUACAAGACGAGGUGACGUCAGAACUGCGUGGUGUGAAGACAAAGAAGAAACUCCAGAAGCAGCCAAUGUCCAGCAAGAAACUCAAGUUGUGAGGCCCUUAGCUCCUAUAGACUCUGUGUACAUGUACCCCCUCAACAAUUACAAAUAGCUAGAGAGUUUGGGGACACCACUGGAACAGCCUUUUGCACGAAUUAUCGUCGCAACCUGACGCUCACGCAAAGAUGCUAUUAGUGGGGCAGAUAGGGAAACAUUUUGGGGGAAUUGUGCCUUUGAUGAUACAAGCAUGGCAUUUGGCACAGUCAGCUAGAAUAUGUCACGUGAAAGAAAUCUGGCUAUAGGGCCAUCGCAGAUUUGUCCUUUGAAAAAAAUAUUGGUAGAAAAACAAGCAAUUUUCAACAUUUUCAAAAUGGCUGCCACUCUGACUGUGUGCCCAAUUUCAUGCUCGUUUCAUGAAAGGCACAAUCCCAUCACCUAUCUGCCGUUCUAUAGGGUACUUUCAGAAUAAACCAGUAUAAUAAUAAAAAUAAUAAUAUGGGAGGCUAAUCAUCCUUAUUCGCAGCUGCGAAGCUGAAUUGCAAAGGACGCGGCUACAACGUGUUCGUGCCGAAUGUAUGUAAAGGCGCCGUCGGCAGGUAGCCAUACGACCCAUGUAUGACCACAGACCACAGCCAAAGAUCAAAUGUGUUUGAUUUUUGCGGAGGGAGGAAAACCGGAGAGCCCGGAGAAAAAUCCUCAUGGCACAGGAGAGAAUCAACACACAACUCCACUUACAUAUGGUCUGAGCCGGGAAUCAAACCAAUGAUUACUGGUAGCAGGGUUUUGACCAAGUUAUUUGAUUAAGUUCAGAGUUUACUGCAUGCCACAUAACUGAUACUGUUUUCAUCGUGAGCACUUAUAUCGUUUUGUAUUCCUCAAUUUGUGAAAUGAUAAAACUUCAAUAAAAGAAAAAGACAAAAAAUCAGGAUUUGAGAAAUCAUCUUUAAUUUAAUCAGAUUUUUUACAAUGCUGCAGCAGCAGAAGAAAAAAAACCAGUACAUGCAUAUUUAGCGGAAAAAGUAGCAAUCUAUGCAAACAUGAUAUAUUUAACUGCACCAGAAAAAACACAGAAAGAAAAAUUGAAUGAAUAGUACUACUAAUUGCACUGGAAGUAGACGGUUGCCAAUGACAGGCCCUGAUUAAGUUUCUUGUGAAACUGCAGGAUUUGGCAACACUUUUCCCCCAUAAAAAUGAACGCCUAAAAAAUGUUUUAAUGUGCACAUGUUUGUGAUCACAUUUUUGUGCUAUACUGUAGUGCAAAACUCUCAUCCGUCCUAAUGGGUAAUAUUCAACACUCUGAUGACGGCGUUUAUGGAGUGUAAUUUUCAAUUUUCUCAUUAAAACUGCCAUUUGAAGCAACAAAAAAUUGAGUAAAAAAAAAAGCCCAUUGACCCUAACCAACCCUCAACCCUUCAAAAUCCAACUGCAUGUUUUGUUGGAAUCUGUUGGAGUGAGUUUUGCACUACCUAAUAAACUGGUUAUGCUUUACAUGGGAUCAGGCAUACCACCAUAAUCAGAGUUCAACAGUUUGGGUGUUAAGUUUACCAUAUGGUGUUGAGUUUACCAUAUGGUGUUGGGUUUACCAUAUGGUGUUGGAUUUUGCAAGAGUGAGGAAGAUUCCUAGUAAAUCACUCAAGGGGGUUAGGGUUAAGUCCCCUGAAAAGAAAAGCUCUUUCUCUUAAAAACCAAUUACUUAAUUUAAAGCCAUUUUGUAAACUUGCAACAUUUACAUGUUCAUCAUGUAUAUUUUCAGUUAUUUCAAUGCAUGUAUACUCAUUAAAUUCUUUGAUUCAAAGUAUGGUAUGAAAGUGGAAAAACAAAAGGGAGUCUUGUAUAUUUUAUCUGAUGAUAAUUUGUAUAAGCCUUUUGAAUCGUGCUCAUUCAAAAAAAAAAGAAGCUUACACUACAUGUUGAUCCUCACAAUUUGGAAGUCUGGUGAAAUAAAAUGCAAUUGGCGAUACAUA